AUGGCAAGUGGGCAAAUGAAACCAGUUGGCAUCGAGGAGCUGGCAGCCGGAGGAGGGUCUCCGCACCGUGGCCGCGGUGGCGGUCGUGGUGGCGGCGGCGCGCACGUGGCAUCAUCGGCGUUUGCGCCCAGUUGGCGAGGUGGGAGUCCUCGUGGCCGUGGGAGCAGCCGUGGUGGGUUUGGUGCGGCGCAUGGCAUGUUGAUGGGAGACAGCCCAACACUUCCGCAACGGCACAGGCCAGGAUCCACCUCCCCACGUGGCGGCGUGCCUUUCAAUGCUGGAUUGGGACCUUCAACCCAGAAGACAAACUGCCUGCACUUUGUUCGGUUUGGGCAGUGUCGACGCGGCCCAACCUGUGCGUUUGCACACGACCCUGCCAGCGUCGCUGUGUGCCCGCGCUAUCUCACGUCCGCAUGCUCUAAUCCGUGCCCACGGCAGCACCAGGCUAUUGGGAGCAUGGUGCCGGACUGUGUCUUCUUUUCGCGCGGGAAAUGCGACCGUGACAACUGCCGCUACCGCCACGUGCGCCUUGACGAGGAUGCCCUCGUCUGCGAAGAUUUUGUGUUUGGCAAGUGCAAGGACGCCGCGUGUCCAAAUAUCCACGAGUACAUCUGUCCAGGCUAUUUCGCUGGCGGCACGUGCACAAAUGGAAGGUGA